CGUGACGGGCUCUGUGGUCACGUGGUGUGCCGGUCAGCUGACUGGCGUCUUCCGGGUUGCCGGUCGGUGUUUACCUUCAGAGCGGCUCCUUGUCGUGUGUCCUGCGGCUGGACUCGAGGUGAAGCUCCGGUCUUUGUGUUGGACCGACGGGCCGAAGUAUCUGCAGUCGUUCUCCCCAACACCUGGAAACACCUGGAGACACCUGGAAACACCUGGAGACACCUGGAGACACACGCUGAUCCUUUAAGUAAGGUACAGCCAUGAACGCUUCGGAGAGUGACGACGACUCCUAUAACGAGAGGACGGCGUUGGUCCCGUCUGAGAAUCCAGCGGUGCCGUCCUACAGACCAGAUCCUGACCUCACCCCCCCCAAUGACACACCAUCCAAAAGGCCUGGGGCGAGCAGGAGGGGGGGUCCGGCUGCCGUGGACGGCGGUGGCGGCGGAAGCUCGGAUCAGGAGGUGGAUGCAGACGAUGAGGAGCUGACUCUGAAGUACGGCGCCAAGCACGUCAUCAUGCUGUUCAUCCCCGUCACCCUGUGCAUGGCGGUGGUGGUCGCCACCAUCAAGUCGGUCAGCUUCUACACCGAGAAGACCGACCAGCAGCUGAUCUACACGCCGUUCACGGAGAACACCCCGUCUGUCGGCCGCCGGCUCCUCAACUCCGUCCUCAACACCAUCAUCAUGAUCAGCGUCAUCGUGGUCAUGACCAUCUUCCUGGUCGUCCUCUACAAGUAUCGCUGCUACAAGUUCAUCCACGGCUGGCUCAUCCUGUCCUCCCUCAUGCUGCUCUUCUGGUUCAGCUUCAUGUACCUGGGCGAAGUGUUUAAGACGUACAACCUGGCGGUGGACUACCCGACGGUGGGGGUGAUCAUCUGGAACUUUGGGGCUGUGGGGAUGAUCUGUAUUCACUGGAAGGGCCCCCUCCAGCUGCAGCAGGCCUACCUGAUCCUCAUCAGCGCCCUCAUGGCCCUCGUCUUCAUCAAAUACCUGCCCGAAUGGUCAGCCUGGGUCAUCCUGGGAGCCAUCUCCGUCUACGACCUGGUGGCCGUCCUGUCUCCUAAAGGUCCUCUCAGGAUGUUGGUGGAGACGGCUCAGGAGCGCAACGAGCCCAUCUUCCCCGCCCUCAUCUACUCCUCUGCCAUGAUGUGGACGGUGGGGAUGGCGAGCCCGACGGACGCUCAGCACUCCGGACACGAAACAGACGAGGAGGCGGAGCAGAGCAGCAGGGGGGCGGAGCCUGAGAGCCGACAGUCCCGGUCGUUUCCAGAAGACGACCUGGAGGAGGACAGAGGGGUGAAGCUUGGCCUCGGUGAUUUCAUCUUCUACAGCGUCCUGGUUGGAAAAGCUGCAGCGACCGGUGGAGACUGGAACACGACGCUCGCCUGCUUCGUCGCCAUUCUUAUUGGUCUUUGCCUCACUCUGCUGCUGUUGGCCAUCUUUAAGAAAGCUCUGCCGGCGCUGCCCAUCUCCAUCACCUUCGGCCUGGUCUUCUACUUCUCCACAGACUUCCUGGUUCAGCCCUUCAUGGACAACCUGGCUGCUCACCAGUUUUACAUCUGACAGAAAGCCCCGCCCCCCUCACCUUCCUCCUCCUCCUCCUCCUCCUCGUUAUCUUACUCGUUAUCCUGCAGGGCCGCCGCCAUCUGUUGAUGUAAUGCACAAAGACCACUUCCUGCGCAGGCCUUCUACCUGUCUUUAUAAGUCUGUUUGGGGAACAUGAUGCACUAACCAAACCACAGGAAGUGAUGUAAUGCAGACAGGGGAAACUGGCGUGGGUGUUAGAAGGUGAUGGCGGCAGCAGCUUACCUGGUUGUCUCUGCUCAGGUGUGUUUCGGAUCACCUGCUGACUAAUAGUUUAAAGGAACGAUCCGCCUUGAAUCCUGUAACUCAUGUCUGUAGAGUCUCAGUCACGUUUCUGAAGGGACGACUUGCAUUUAACACUCGCUGUGAUGUUUGUAGCUACUGCACCCAGAAACCCCCGCGGCUGCGUGUGAUUGGCUGACGCUCCUGUCAGUCAAAGCAGACACGCCCCCACAACAUUCCUGUUUAUAAUCUGAAGAUUCACUCUGGUCCUGCUGGGACGGGCAUUAAGGUCGUUAUUGACUUCAUGGGGCCCAGUUGGUUUUUUUUUUUGUUCGCUCGUUUUGUCUUUUAACUUCCUGUCGGUAUCGCCGGCUUCUGUAAACACAAAAGUCAAAAGUCUCGGUCCUGAUUGGUUCACACAGCCUGGGAACACACGUCCACAUUAAUGAGGAGGUCAUGUGACCUGACACCACAUCCACCACCGAUAUCAGAUGAAAAAGAGCCUCUUUGGAGCAAAGUUGCCUUCAGAGUUAACUAUCGUACAGCUAGUUUAGCUAGCGCUCACCUAGCGCUCACCUAGCUCAGCUAUCUCAUCCUGUGUUAUAACAGCAGCUCGGUGUUUCUGGAAGCUAAUUUAUAAACUUUUCUACUAUAUAAUUAACAUUUUAUUAAUAAUGGCAUUUGGAAUAAUCGCGGCGUGGAACUGUCGGACCUUCGGUUUCAGACCAAACCCAGUGAAGCGAACAGAAUGAGACGCAGGACGCGACUUCAAAUGUAAACUGUACGCUGGUUUCCCUGCCAGGCUUCAGAUUUCUGACUUAAGACUUACAGAAGUCUGUGCGUUUAACUUUUCCUGAACUCGUCUCUGCUGUGUAUCGGCGCCAUAACCUGGGAUGAAGAAAUAUUAUUAUGUAUUAAAACACAGUUUUGAACAACCACGA